ACUAGUCGCUUAUUGGAUUCGGCCUCUACCGUCUCCGAAUUCGAUAGGCGGAUAAUUGAGGCAGAUGCUUAUCUCCAGAUCCUUAUAGAUCAGCAUCAGGCGAUCGACCAACAACUGAGUCACCACGAGCAACUGCUUAGCCAUUCCUGUGAAUCCAUCAAAACGCGGCUUCAGCUAGCGGAAGGAAUUGCGUGCCUUUGGAUAGCUAACAUCCUGUGGGUUUUCCCACCUUAA